UCUAUCAUGCACUAGAUAUUGCAAAUGGAGACUUCCGCUCUACAUCAGAAUAAUGACACACUACACUGCAUUGAAACUCUUCACCAUGUCUCACCUGUCACACCGAUGCUGCUUUUUCCUGUCCAUGUCCCUGCUCCCUGUACCAUGGAUAUCCACCUGUGCCACAACAGCAUCCUCUGCCUUUCGCAGGACUCAACUUUCUCCUACCCUGCUUCUGCUGAUCUCACUUCUGUUGACCUGUGCACUCUCAGGCAGCAGUGGGAGAGUAGUGACCUCUUCAAAGGGUUCGCCAGGGCUGGGCAUUGCUGUGAUACUGGUGGGCACCUCCAACGAAGUGGCCCUAAAAGAUACAUAUGACAAAGACGAUUUCCAGCACAUGAUUGUCACUCCCAGCGUGGAGCUGGUUACCAUGAAUGAGACAGAUCCCAAAAGCAUCAUCACGCGCAUUUGUGACCUCAUGUCAGACAAGAAGAUCCAAGGGGUUGUCUUCGGAGAUGACACUGACCAGGAGGCCAUUGCUCAGAUACUGGAUUUCAUCUCGGCUCAGACUCACAUCCCUAUCCUUGGAAUCCAUGGUGGCUCUUCCAUGAUUAUGGCAGCCAAGGAUGAUCAUUCCAUGUUUUUUCAGUUUGGUCCUUCAAUCGAACAACAGGCUUCAGUUAUGCUAAAUAUAAUGGAGGAAUAUGAUUGGUACAUCUUUUCUAUUGUCACCACAUACUUCCCUGGGUACCAAGACUUUGUCAACAAGGUACGCAGCACAAUUGAAAACAGCUUUGUGGGUUGGGAGCUUGAAGAGGUCAUUCUGUUAGACAUGUCCAUGGAUGAUGGAGAUUCAAAGAUUCAAAAUCAGUUGAAGAAACUUCAGAGUCCUGUGAUUCUUCUCUACUGCACAAAGGAGGAGUCCACCUACAUUUUUGAAGUGGCCCAUUCAGUGGGUUUGACUGGCUAUGGGUACACCUGGAUUGUGCCUAGUUUAGUGACUGGGGAUUCCGAUAACGUUCCUUCUGAAUUCCCAACUGGACUAAUCUCUGUGUCCUACGAUGAAUGGGAUUACAGCCUGCAUGACCGAGUUCGAGAUGGAAUUGCAGUCAUCACCACAGCAGCGUCCACCAUGCGGAUUGACCAUGGCUUUAUUCCAGAACCCAUUACAAGCUGUUAUAAUGCCCAGGAUAAGAUGGCUUACCAGUCAAGUAUGCUCAACAGGUUUCUGAUGAAUGUGACAUUUGAAGGUAGAAACCUGUCCUUUAGUGAAGAUGGCUACCAGAUGCACCCCAAAUUGGUGAUCCUCUUACUGGGAAAAGAGCGGCGAUGGGAAAGGGUUGGAAAAUGGGAAAACCGCACCCUUUCCAUGAAAUACCAUGUUUGGCCACGGUUUGACCUGUUUUCUGAUGCAGAAGAGAGGGAAGAUGACCACCUGAGCAUCGCCACCUUGGAAGAAGCUCCCUUUGUUAUUGUUGAAAACGUGGAUCCCCUCAGUGGGACAUGUAUGCGCAAUACUGUGCCCUGCAGAAAACAGAGGAAAUCAAAUGGAACAGAUGAGACACCUGUUUACACCAAACUGUGCUGCAAAGGUUUCUGCAUUGACAUCCUCAAAAAGAUCGCCAAGCAAGUCAAGUUCACGUAUGACCUCUAUUUGGUGACUAAUGGCAAGCAUGGCAAAAAAAUCAAUGGCACAUGGAAUGGAAUGGUUGGAGAGGUGGUAUUUAAGCGAGCACAGAUGGCAGUAGGCUCUUUGACAAUCAAUGAGGAAAGAUCGGAGGUCAUCGAUUUUUCUGUUCCCUUCAUUGAGACCGGGAUCAGUGUGAUGGUGUCACGGAGCAACGGAACAGUUUCUCCGUCUGCUUUUUUGGAACCUUUCAGCGCAGAUGUAUGGGUCAUGAUGUUUGUGAUGUUACUCAUCGUCUCAGCAGUGGCCGUCUUCGUUUUUGAGUAUUUCAGCCCUGUGGGCUACAACCGAUGCCUUGCUGAUGGACGUGAGCCUGGCGGCCCCUCAUUCACCAUCGGCAAAGCAAUUUGGCUCUUGUGGGGCCUGGUGUUCAAUAACUCUGUGCCUGUGCAGAAUCCCAAAGGCACCACCAGCAAGAUCAUGGUCUCAGUGUGGGCCUUCUUCGCUGUCAUCUUCUUGGCCAGCUACACUGCCAAUCUGGCUGCCUUCAUGAUCCAGGAGGAAUAUGUAGAUCAGGUUUCAGGUCUCAGUGACAAAAAGUUUCAGAGACCUAAUGACUUCUCUCCUCCUUUUCGCUUCGGGACUGUACCAAAUGGGAGCACAGAGAGAAACAUCCGGAAUAACUACAAUGAGAUGCACUCAUAUAUGGUCAAGUUCAACCAAAGAAAUGUGAAUGAUGCAUUGCACAGCCUCAAAACCGGGAAACUGGAUGCCUUUAUCUAUGAUGCUGCUGUGCUUAAUUACAUGGCAGGAAGAGAUGAGGGUUGCAAACUAGUGACUAUUGGGAGUGGGAAAGUGUUUGCGUCUACUGGUUAUGGCAUUGCCAUUCAAAAGGACUCUGGCUGGAAGCGACCAGUGGACCUCGCUAUACUACAGCUGUUUGGUGAUGGGGAAAUGGAGGAAUUGGAAUCUCUCUGGCUGACAGGAAUCUGCCACAAUGAGAAAAAUGAGGUGAUGAGCAGCCAGCUGGACAUUGACAAUAUGGCGGGAGUUUUCUACAUGCUGGGAGCAGCCAUGGCACUCAGUCUCAUCACUUUCAUCUGCGAGCAUCUCUUCUACUGGCAGUUCCGCCACUGCUUCAUGGGAGUCUGCUCUGGGAAGCCCGGCAUUGUCUUCUCAAUCAGCAGGGGUAUCUACAGUUGCAUUCAUGGAGUUCAGAUUGAAGAUAACAAAUCGGUGAUGAAUUCACCAUCAGCUACUAUGAACAAUGCCCACUCCAACAUUCUUCGCCUCCUGCGUACAGCAAAGAACAUGGCAAGUCUCUCAGGGGUCAAUGGGUCUCCACAUAGUGCCCUUGACUUUAUUCGUCGUGAAUCCUCAGUCUAUGACAUUUCUGAACAUCGCAGGAGCUUUGCAGGCCACUCUGACUGCAAACCCCCAUAUCUACCAGAGGAAAACAUGUUCAGUGAUUAUAUUAGUGAGGUGGAGAGGACUUUUGGAAACCUUCACUUAAAGGAUAGUAACCUGUACCAGGACCACUACCUGCAUCACCAUGGUCCUUCACAAUCAGGGGGUCUGAUUCCUCAACAGCAGGUUCCACCUAGGCCUCGUAGCCUAGGAAGUGCAAGCUCUUUAGAAGGCCCUUUAUAUGACUGUGAUAGUAUUGGAGGUGGCCCACCAGCUUUCACCACACAGCCCAGGGCUUCACUGCCUCUGCAUCGAAGUAAGUUUGACUUAGUUGGGUCUUCACAACAGGGAUUUAAACAUGGCUUAUCAGACUUAUAUGGCAAAUUUUCUUUUAAAGGCGGUGGUGGGUUCUUGGGUGGAGGAAGUGUUCAUGACCGUUAUUGCCAUGAAGACAACAAUAUCCGUUCUGAUGUAUCUGACAUAUCCACCCACACUGUAACCUAUGGCAAUUUGGAAGGCAAUGCCAAGCGCCGAAAACAGUACCGUGACAGCCUGAAGAAAAGGCCAGCCUCUGCUAAGUCAAGGAGGGAGUUAGAUGAAAUUGAACUGGCUUUCCGCAGACGUCCUCAUGCAUUUCACCGAUCUGCCUCACCUCCACCACAUCCACAGGACAGGAAGAGAGGAGGGGGGACUGCCUGCUCGUAUUUAAUGCGAGAUAAGGAGGGCCUGCGUGAUUUCUACUUGGAUCAAUUCAGACCCAAGGAAAACACACCCCACUGGGAGCAUGUAGAUCUUACUGAUGUCUACAAGGACUCUUCAUCUGGAGGUGGGCUAGGAGUCAGUAAUGGUGGGGGCCUAGUGGUAGAGGAUUUCCUCAAAAGCAAAAAAACAGGGGCUGGAGGCACCAAUUCUGAUUGCAAGUCUGGGAGUCAACAGCAAUCAAGUUCUGGGUGCUGGGAGAAGAAUAUUGGCCUUUCAGGUGAUUGGGAAUGCCGUAAUUGCCCUGGAGGAGGAAAGAUAUCCCACAUCGGUGGAGGAGGUUAUAGUGGCAGUGGAAGUGGUUGUUCAAAUCCUGGCCCAGGAAGCGUGCGCCCAUCUUCCGCUACAUGCAUCCGAUGUGAAGCAUGCAAGAAAACAGGCAAUCUAUAUGAUAUCAGUGAAGACAAUUCCCUCCAAGAGCUAACAGGUCCUACACUUGCAUCCAAGUAUGGCCAGAUGUCAUCAGAAGCUAGCAAAACACAAGGCCCUCAACAGCGUAGAAAAUGCAGUGGUGGUAGUGGGAAGCAGCUACGACGCCAGCACUCAUACGAUACCUUUGUGGAGCUGCAAAAAGAAGAUUCAAUCAGUAUGCUUCCUCCUCCCAGGAGUGUCAGUCUGAAAGAUAAAGACCGCUUUCUGGAAGGGGCCAGCCCUUACGCUCAUAUUUUUGAACGACAUGCACCCUCAGCAUCUUCUAAUACAGAUCCAUUUUUCAGUGGCGGGGGAAUUGGAGGAGGGAAGACCUCUUCCUCAUUCUGUAGUGGGAUGGGCGGCCUCUUUCGUGGAUCAGAUCAUCAUAGGCCUGGCACUGGGGGGUACUCUCUCAGCAAAUCACUCUACCCUGAUCGAGUCAAUCAAAACCCUUUUAUCCCUACUUUUGGGGACGAUCAGUGCUUGCUGCAUGGGGCCAAGUCCUACUACUUCAAGAAACAGCAACAACAACAGCAAUCAGCGCUGAAGGGUAGGUCUGAUUUUCGGGUGUCUGGCCCUCUGGGAGCCACAUCCUUUCUCCCUGCCACUGCAACAGCAGGAGUAGUUUCUAAUGUGGCAUCUGGGCGCUUUUCCAAGGACUUGUGUUUGAGUGGAAUGGGUAAUCACCACAGUGGAAUGGUGCCAAAUAAUAAAAACAUGAUGGUAGGGGCAAAUCAGCGACCAUUCAAUGGAUCGAGCAAUGGGCAUGUUUAUGAGAAACUAUCCAGCAUAGAGUCAGAUGUCUAGAAAUACAAAUUAUGAAUGAAAGGAUAGAAAAUGAGAGUCGGAGAAAGACAGCACACAACAACCAUAAGGAUGUACAGACUUUAAAGGAAAUGAAAUGUAGUGGCAGAUAACAGAACGAAUCCUUUCUCUUACUCCCAAUGUUUUCUUCAGAAGUUGCUUUGCACCUGUAGGACAUUUAAGGCUCAGAUGAAAUCACAGGGUAUUAAAGCUAAUAAAAUAAGAUUGUGUCAUUUCGGCAUAACUGUUCUACCUAUUACCACUAGCACAUUGCUAAUAAGUGUGAACUGAAAAAAGUUUUUACAAAAUGUACAUGAAAUUUAAACUUGCUUCUUUAUGAUUCUAGUGCCACAGUGAAAAAAAAAAAAAACAGGAUGGAAAAAAUGGAAAACUGUGACACGCUGAAUUUUGAUGGGGAGGACCAGGGGGCUGGAAGGGCAUUGUGUUAUAGCCGGACCUGUUUGAAAAUUCCAGCCACAGCAAUCCAUAAUGAUGACUUUGAAAGAGACGCAGUCAGUAAAGCUGCCAGAGUUUGAUUAAAUGUCAGUGCUUAGGAGACUGCACUGUUUGUAUCACCAGCCCAGGAACAGAAUAAAUAUGCAUAUCUCAAGGCAUUAAAUUUAAUUUUAGGAG